UAUUUGUCCGGAUUGCCAACGAGCCCGAGACCUCCACUUUUCCCUCGGGCAAAAUCUCUCCUGGCAAGGAGUGAAGGCGCAGAGGUCUCCAGGCAGUUGAUGGAGAGCGGGAAGGUAGAGGGGAGUAGAGGCGAGUCCGCAGAGCGCGAAGAUAGCAGAGGACGCGAGCGGGAGAAGAGGUGGAGGGCCAAGACCGGCAGAUGACAGGACCAUUCAGUAGCGAGAGCGAGAGAGCGAGAGGCGAGAGGAGCGCCCGGACACCCGGAGGACCGGGGGGAGAGGGAGCAGAGGGGGCGCGCCGAGGCUGAGCGCCCAGGCAGCCGGACCCAGGUCCUCCAGGCGAGCGCCGAGGCUGCGGGACCCGCGUGGUCCGAGGGCAGAUAGGAGCCUCGCGUGCUCCCCAAGACAGCCGCCCGCAAUGAGCGAGGCCAGCCGGCUGUGCUCCGGCUACUACAGCCUCAACCACAGCUUCGUGGAGCCCUUCCAGUGCCCCCGCCGCGGCGAGGGCGCCGCGCUCCUCUACUGCUGUGGCUUCGCCGACCUCAAGUACUGCUGCAGCGAGCCGGGCAGCUACUUCCCCUACAAGCACAGCUACAUGUGGAGCCUCAGCAUCGGGGCCCUGAUCGGAUUGGGAAUUGCUGCCCUUGUUUUACUUGCUUUUGUCAUCAGCGUCUGUGUCCUUUGCUAUUUAUUUCUGUAUACAAAGCCGCAAAGAUUCGACACUGGCCUUAAACUUCAACACCUAGAGACUUCUUCCAUGCCAGAAGGCAACUCGAAUAGAGAAACCAAAGCCCUCAAUUCAAGUGCAGCAUCAAACUCAUCCAAUGAAACAUCCUAUGAAGCUGAUGAUAUAAUUCAAGAAAAAACAAUGGACACAACACAAAUCAACAUUCCUUAUUAAUGAAAAAUCCUGUACUUUAAAAGCUCACUGG